CCUGGCCUUGGUGCUUGGUGCCUGGCAUCCAGGGUCAUUUUCUUUCAUAGCCACCACUGCCAUCCUUACAUUAGCAUUUGCACUGCUGUUGGGGCAAGACUCAAGUGUACGAGUGUGUGUGUGUGCUUGCUUGCUUGCUUGUUCGCUACAGGCCGUAUUAUGCAGGGACUCGGAAAGACAGAGAGAGGGGAUCAGGGCCGAGACAUCGACCUGACAUCGCUGAGAUCCACCAUGCCAGCCAGCGGGCCUUUGCAGGGAGGUUCACCCUCGAACCUGAACAUGAACCUGUAUGCCACCAAGAAGACAGCAGCUGAGGGCAUGUUGGACAUCGCUUUGUUCCUGGCCAACAUCACACACAUGAAGACAGUCAUCGAACAGGGUGCUGGAUACAGGUACUACGCUGCCGUCCUGACGCUCAUCUCCUUCUCUCUGGCGCUCCAGAUAGUAGCAGGAGUCCUCAUCAUCGUCAUCGGCCGGCGGGAUUUGAAUAACCCCACCCUGCAGAAACGUCUGGAUUACCUGAACAACGUAACAACCAUCAUAGUCUUCAUCACCUCAGCCCUCAACUUCUUCAUCAGUACCUUUGCCAUGCAGAACGGAUACCUGCGAUGGGUUAUGAUGCGGAUUCACUAAAACACACACAGAGACACACACACACACACACACACACAUUGCUAAACAGACACACUAACCAUUACACUCAUGCAUACAUAUAAUUAGCUUUUAAAUAACCAAUAACCAGCCUCAGAAAUCAUGUGGAAAAUUCACUUUUUUCAGUUUAUUCCAUAAAAUGUAAAGCUCCUGUGAGGAGUUAGUAGCUGGUUAUGAAACAGACUUAAAUUAAAACGACGGCCUUUAUAUGACCUACAAAAGCAAGCAAGACUGCAAGACUGUCAAAGAGAAGAUAGAUUAUUUCUAUUUAGUUCUUAUUUUACAUGCAUAUCACUCCUGCUGCAGGCUAGGUGUCAGAUGAUUAGGUUUAGGGCAGAAAUGGCCCUUUCAAAAUUAUUUCCACAACAAAAAAUUAUUGUGAUUUGCUUGUUAGACAUCGUAAAUAAAAAAGGAUGAGAUUUUUUUCUCUCUCUCUCAGAAAAACCUCCUCACAAAUGUACAGGACAAAAUCAGCAACAGAUGAUAGGUAAUCCUAAUUUGACCACAGGGGGGUGCCAAAGUCUAACAAUUAAAUAUUUCCUCACAUGAGCUUUAACAAAGUGGCCUUGUAUAUGUACAGUACAUGUAUGGGAGAAUGUAAUGCUGACUUGUAGCUCCUCAUUUUCUAUUUUGUAACUCAAUGGUGACAUCUUGUGUCUAAUAAAAAGUCAGGAUAGUCAAAGCAUCCCUCAUAUAACACCAGCUUCAUCUAACUAACAGCUGCAUUAUCCAGUUAUAAACACAAAUAAAGAAAGUUCUGAUUUAAAA